GUGUGUAUGUAAGGAAAAGAGCUGGUCUCAUCCUUCUGAAGUCACUCAGCGAGAAAGAGCCGCUGUUAUUUGUCUUGAUGCGAUCAGGAGACAUUGAUCAGACUUUCAGUGUGUUUUUACUUCCCGCAUUUACCGAGCAUGCUGAAGUGAAGCGGGUUUUCCACUGAAGAAGUUUCACACUUGUCUUUGGGCGGGAAGUGAUAACGAUCAUUUGCGCGAUAUAUUUAGGUCGAGUCUGUUUUUAUCUCCUUUGAUCACAAUCAUCGCCAGGACUCUACUAUCUGCCCAGUGAGCAUCUAUAUAAAAAAAAGUGACGUAACGUUCCAGUGUUGUGCGUUGCUGGCAUCAUCUCAGCCCCUUGAGAGGUUCAUGGGAAAAAGCUGCUGAGGGGACGGACCUGAGGGAAGAGGACGGCAGAGGAGCUUUUCACUGCGAGAAGAUGGAGGCGACUAUGUGUGGAGCUGGGAGAGGUGACGGCUCCAUUUGAAGCGGAAUAAAGUUUUUUCAGCUGUUUGAGCUGAGCAGGUGUGAGAAAGGUGCCACAGCUGCUCGGGGAGUCUGGUGGAUGUUGUUGGAGGUGAGGCGGCUGACCGGCUGCAGCUAUGGUCGUUGAGACGAGGUUUCCUCCCUCCUCAUCAGUGACCCCUCCGUUUGUUUCACCAUGCCCGAAGACCCCAUUGCCUCCUCCCUCUACAUCGUCCUUGAGCUGCUGAUCGCUUUGUUCUCCGUGAUGGGCAAUGUGCUGGUCUGCUGGGCGGUGUGCCUCAACAGCAACCUGCAGAGCAUCACCAACUUCUUUGUGGUGUCACUGGCGGUGGCCGACAUCGCCGUGGGCGUCCUGGCCAUUCCCUUCGCCAUCGUCAUCAGCAUCGGCUUCUGCUCCAACUUCUAUGGCUGUCUGUUCAUCGCCUGCUUUGUGCUGGUUCUCACACAGAGCUCCAUCUUCAGCCUGCUCGCCAUCGCUAUAGACCGCUACAUAGCAAUCAAGUUACCGCUCAGGUACAACAGCUUGGUGACAGGCCAGCGGGCACAAGGCAUCAUCGCCAUCUGCUGGAUUUUAUCCAUCAUCAUCGGCCUGACCCCCAUGAUGGGCUGGCACAAGUCAGACGGCAACAACAGCACGUGCUCGUUUGGCCUGAUGAAGUGCCUAUUUGAGGAGGUGGUGGACAUGGCAUACAUGGUCUACUUCAACUUCUUUGCCUGCGUACUGAUUCCCCUACUGCUGAUGCUAGCCAUCUACCUGUGUAUCUUCAUGGCCGCUCGCCGCCAGCUCAAGCUGAUCGAGGUGAAAGCAGUCCAUGGCGAGAAGUCACGCUCCACGCUGCAGAAAGAGGUCCAGGCUGCCAAGUCUCUAGCCAUUAUCGUCGGGCUGUUUGCAGUGUGCUGGCUGCCUCUGCACAUCAUCAACUGCUUCACCCUCUUCUGCCCUAACUGUCCUCGUCCUCCGCCCUGGAUCAUGUACGUGGCAAUUAUUCUUUCUCACGCCAACUCUGUGGUCAACCCCUUCAUCUACGCCUAUCGCAUCCGGGAGUUUCGACACACCUUCCGCAGGAUUAUAAGGCGCCACAUCCUGGGCAGGCACGAGAUGUUUGAGAGCGGCAGCAGUAAGCGCAACUCCACUCACAACAGCAUCACUGACUCCAUCAGACUGAAGGCAAACGGCCUCAGCUUUGACCUUUUUACCGAGCACAACAGCAGCAGCAGUAGCUGUGAAAGCUCCUACCGCUGUCCCUCCAACAUCUCUCCUGUAGGGGGCGGUCUGGUGGCAGUUUCCCACCCUCCUCUGUCAGUCAUUAUCUCCCACUGUCCUAAAAUGAGCCUUUGUCCACUGCAGGCCCUCAGACAGACACAAAUAGGCCAUCAUGUACAGUAUAUAGAGCAGCAGCAUGACUGCGCCGGACCAGAAGUGAUGGAGGAUAAAGACAAACUGAACAUCUGCAAACACAACAGAAAAAGCUGCUUCAGAGAGCUGGAAAAGGUGUCCUGAUGCAUGAACAAUCACUGAUAUUCAGGAGCCUUGCAGUAACAUGUCAGCUCAGCAGCAACUCACAAAGAGUCAGGAUAAGUCCUGAUCAGUAAUAGAGAUGAUUGCACUGUAAACGCAUAAGGGAUAGCCAUGAGGAACUGUGACUUUUUUAAUUAAAGCUGACCCAAAGUCGAAAAGCACUGCUAGUGGUGCUACAUAGACAACCGGCAGCCAAUGAGGGUGAGAAGCAUUCAACGUCUCACACUUAACUUCUUGACCGUUAUACUUGUGCACUCCAAAAAGCAAGUACAGAAGUAUGCGGUUCGAGGCAGAGCAAAAGAGUUAUUAUUAACCUAAAUUAUUGGUACAUUAUUUUUUUCAGGGAUGUGGAUAAUAACCAACUUUAAUGGAUUUCACCAACAUUUGCACCAUUUUUAGACUCAAUUUAACCUGAGGGCCUGGUGUCCAGUGAGCACCACUAACCUGCUUAUAGAAGUUUACACUUUGCAAGUCAUUUUUUUCACAUUUGGCAUAUCCCUCUCUUGCACAUUGUUAUCCUAUUUAAUGACAAAGAUUUAUGUGUGUUCCAACUCACAAUUAAUGGAUUCUAAUUGGACAAAAAAAAAUAACAACGUGACUUUUACAUGUGACCAGUUGGUUCACGUUUGUAUUAAAAUGAAUGUAAUGAGUAAAGGCCCCAGAGUUGGUGAUGUAAUGCUGAAAUGUAACCUUGUAUUUUUGUUUUCUCAGUGUGACUUGACUUCCUUAAGUUAUAGUCAUGUAAAUGUUGACUUCAGAGAUAGUUUGUUGAAUGAUGGGGAAAAACAGUUGGAAGAUUGUGAAUGAUCAAACUUUAGACCUAAAUUAAACUCAUGAAAGAAGUUCUGUUUUUUAUUUUUCUUGAUAAAUGUGUCCUCAGUCCAGAGCAGCUGCUUCAAAAGCAGGCAAAGUCCUGUCUUCAAAUAAAUCCUUUGACAUUUUCAAGUGUA